AUGCACCUACACCUCUCCAACGGCCGGGCUGCGACGGAUGCUUGUGGAGGUGCCGCCGUGGCAAUCAUCGGCCACGGCAACCAAGAAGUGCAAAAUGCCAUGAUCAAGCAGGCCCAGAAAGUCAGCUACGUCCAUACGCAGUCGUACAGCACUCCCGUCGCCGAGGAGUUGGCUGAUCUUAUUCUUGACGGAACGCCGCAUGGGCUCGAGAAGGCGCUUUUCCUGGGAGGCGGGAGCGAGGUCGUGGAGGCUGCGAUGAAGUUGGCGCGCCAAUAUCACUUUGAGAGGAACGACGCGGACAGGAUGCACUUUGUUUCUCGGAAGCAGAGCUACCACGGGAAUACGAUGGCCUCCAUGUCUGUGUCGUCGAAUUUGGCGAGAAAAGUCCCCUACAAGGGGUUUGAGUAUCCGCACGUGUCGCAUGUCACGCCGCCGUAUGCAUACCGGUACAAGAUGGACGGCGAGACGGACGCGCAGUUUACGGACAGACUAUUGCGGGAACUGGAGGACGAGUUUUUGAGGGUCGGUCCCAGCAAGGUGAUUGCUUUCAUUGCCGAGCCCAUCAUUGGCGCGACGGCCGGCUGCGUCGUUCCGCCGGCGGGAUAUCUUGCCGGUGUGCGAAAGGUGUGCGACAAGUACGGCAUUCUUCUGAUCUUGGAUGAAGUCAUGUGCGGCACCGGGAGGACGGGCACCUUCUUUGCGUUUGAGCAGGAACAUGUUGUACCGGACAUUGUCACGGCUGCCAAGGGCCUGGGAGGCGGUUACGCUGCCAUUGCCGGCUUGUAUGUCCACGGCAGGGUCAUUGAUGCCCUUCGGCAGGGAAGCCAGGCCCUCAACCACGGCCACACGUACCAGGCUCACCCGGUGUCUUGCGCCGCCGCCUUGGCCGUGCAGAAGAUCCUGAAGGGGGACGGCCUUGUCGACAGGUGUCGGGAGAUGGGUGUUGUUCUGGAGAAACUGCUUCGGUCAGAGCUGGCCGAGUGCAAAUCUGUGGGCGAUAUCCGGGGCCGCGGGCUGUUCUGGGCAGUGGAAUUUGUCAGGGACGGCGCCACGAAGGAGUGCUUUGAUCCUUCCAUCGGGUUUGGCGCCAAGGUGACGCAGGCUUCUUUUGAAAAGGGCGUCGCUGUGUAUCCGGGUGCUGGGACAGUGGAUGGCGUCAAGGGCGAUCAUGUGCUGUUGGCGCCGCCCUACACGGUCACGGAGGAGGAGUUGGUGACGAUAUGCCGGACGCUGAAGGAAUCCGUCUUGUCUCAAGAGGCACAAUAUCUGUAG